AUGACAUUAAUAAAUUAUAUAAAACGUAUAUUUAUUCAUCCUAUAAAAUACUUAAAGAGUGAACAUUAUAAAAUGGUGUUAGUCGUAAGAUCAGAUAUAACUAUGGGAAAGGGAAAGACUGCUGCUCAAUGUGCCCAUGCAGCAGUAGAAUGUUAUCGUCAAAUAUCAGCUAAUAAGAAAUAUCAAGAAAUAUAUGAAUCUUGGUUAGUGCAAGGUCAACCUAAAAUUGUGUUGAGAAUAUCUAAUGAAGAGAAACUAAUGUUAUUAGCUAGUAAUGCCCGUAAAGCUGGUUUAAUUAUUUCUAUAAUAAAAGAUGCAGGUAGAACUGAAUUAACACCUGGUACAACAUCUACUCUUGGAAUCGGGCCUGGUCCAAAACAUUUAAUAGAUAAUCUUACUGUACAUUUAAAGUUAUUAUAAAGUUAUUUUUAUUAAUAAUUUUAUUUUUAUUAA